AUGACGCCUAUCUAUGCACAGUCAGCGACAAUUGGAGACCUAUUGGAUCUAAUACCGCGAGUGAUUGACGAUGUCGAUCGCACACUUGACGCAUCCCCAUGCGCGCCUCACGUCGGUACUAACAAUAAUAUCUCUCAGAUUCCUCUGGCUAAUGACGCGCGGCGUUCCAUCACCGAGUACACAUCGCUCCGGGAACACCUCCGUUCGGCAGCUGCUAGAAUCUCUCAAUGCGCUAUCAAGGUUAAUGAGUCAAUCAAAGCUCAUAUGCGACUGUUCUCUGCCGUAAAUCGUCUUCCACCCGAGAUCCUAGCAUCCAUCUUCAUUCAGGCCCUUCCUCCCAUGAAGGACGUCUGGGAAGAUAUGUGCACUGCCCCCCCUUUCCGUGUAUACGUACCUGAAGGGCGUGGUAUUGUUCUCAACUUCGCGCAGGUGUGCAGGAGCUGGCGUGAGGUGGCACUAGCCUGUCCAAGAUUAUGGAACCCCGUUCUUUACCAGCAUGGGUUUACUACCUGGGUAGGCUUAUCGAUGGGGGAAGGUCUUGAAGAACUUGUACGAAGAGCAAACAGGAAUGGUGCCCCAGUCGACUUAUUACUCGACAUGUCGGAAAGGCCAAUUGGCCUUAACCCUGACUCAAGGGAUACAUUGCGGGGGGUAUGUCAAGACGAGCUCGCAUUGUUUCAAGGGCAAUGCACCGCGAUCGAGAUCAACAUUCGCUGCGGCUCGGCACUUCCUCCACUCCUCGAACACCUCUCUCAUCCAUCGGGGCUCUCUCGCUUGCGCAUAAUGGGCGACAUUAUGCCAACUGAUCCUGGUGCUCCAGCGUUGCUCGACCCAGCCAGACACCCCGCACUCACCGACCUCACUCUCCAAGCGCUCAACCAGCCUCUUGACAUCAGUCGCGUUUUUGCUGCGUCAGCGCGGUGGGACAAACUCAUGUCUUUGCAGCUCAUCACCUACAGAUUUAUCAACAACGAGGCUCCCCAUCAGGUCGUGCGCAAAAUUCUCGACGCCUGCCCCUCUCUGCGCCAGCUACUCAUACGCUGCGCAGCAGAUAAGGUAACCGCAGCGCUACAAGACGACGCCAUCGCUCCCGACCCGACGUCACAACAGAAUGCAUUGAACGUCGACCCCUCCGAGAUCCUCACAUCUACCUCUCUGCGAACGUUAGUGCUUGCCAUUUACAGCACGCAUACAAGCAGCAUGCUCCUCUCUCUACUCCGCUGCCCGUGGCUGCACACCCUAGUGGUUAAAACAUCCGUGACGCUUUCAAGCCUCGAGACCUUCCUGACCCACGCCGUGUCGGUCAUGGAAUCCUCGAAUGCGAUGCAUCAUCUGCCCAUUGAGGUUAUCGAGGCGAUCAUGCCAUUUGCGCUCCCUCCAAUGCCCGACUUGUUCAGCAACACGGACCUCAACUUUGCGUUUUCAACGUACAUCUCGGGGGGCCGAAGCACCGCCCUCAACCUCGCCCGCGUUUGCAGCGCGUGGCGCGAGAUAUGUCUCCGUAACCCUGAACUGUGGAGGGUUAUCUUCCUCAAGAUCAAUCGAGGGCAGGAUCUGCGCUUGCCGCCGCCUCAGCACGUGCAAGAGCUGAUCAGGAGGGCCAGCCUGAAGGCUGCGGACGCACCUCUCAGGCUCGUACUCGACGCCUCGGCGAGCGGUCUAGGGCUGCGGGAUAACAUCGAAGGCGCGUUCGAGGGCGUGCUCGCGCCUUUCAAAGGGCGCUGCACCGAGGUCGAAAUCGACAUCUUGGAGGGCGGCGCGAUCCCGCGCCUCCUGACGUUCCUCACCCAUUCGAACCACGGCUUGUCGCGCCUGCGCGUGAUGGGCGACUUCCCAUUUCCAUGGCACCACGACCGCCGAACCAUGUUCAUCAGCCCUUCUCAGCAGACGUCGCUCGAGCACCUCUCUCUCCAGGCUCCCGGAAUGUCGAACGACAUGCUAUUCGACGUCCGUCACUUUUGGUGGGCCGAGUCUGACGUGCAGUGGACCGCUCUCAGGUCGCUGCAGCUCAACGUCGACAGGCUCGCUCUUCCGCCGGCCAGGAGCGUGUUCCACAUCCUCUCUGCCUGCCCUUGUCUCGAGGAGCUGCGCCUGCGACAGGGGCACUGGGACAGCAUGCCGCCGCUGGACGACUCUCUCAUCGAUCAGGACUGGUGGACCGAGGAAAGGCAAGAUGGGCAGGGGGAGGUCGAGUCUCGCGUCGCGCCGUUCGCGUGUGCGUCCCUCCGCACGCUCGUGCUCGACAUCAGGGCCGUGCUUCCGGGGAGCGCGCUCCUGCGGGUCCUCCGGUGCCCGUCUUUGCAGACGCUGGUUGUGAACAUGUAUGUGCUCCUCCCGAGCGUUGAGGUGUUCCUCAGGAACGCUGGAGAAGUGGAGCGUCUGGUGAUUGCUACAAAGGGCGGGAGCCAGGAUAAGGCGGUUGGUAGGCUGAGGGAUGGAUUUCCGGGGAUGAAGGUCGAGGCGGUGGAUGAGAGGGACGGUCGGGCGUGGUUUGCGCUGCCAGUGUGGUACAAGGACGGAGACGACGCUGCAUGGGACGGUAGAAAAGUUCCUUCCAUGCCUUAGCAGGCGUCAGACAGACGGCGGCGGCGAUAUUGCAAGUACUGGUCGAGGUAG